UAGUGCAGGAAUGCGUGAUUUAAAUGAUAUGCCUACAGGUUAAAUUGUGAUGAAUUCGAAAUGAGAAUGAAGUCGCUUUCAAAUUAUCGGUCGGAAGCGAACCAAUGUUCAGUAGCUUAUACGCCCUCAUUCAUUGCGGAUGAAACUACGAGUGCUCAAUGUUGAAACGAAGUGGAAUUUUGAAUUAUUCUGUGAUAAUGUACAUAUUAAAUUCUGUGUUAGUUAUAAGUAUUCUGAUUGUUCGCACAGUUGCUGGUGACAAAGCUGGUGAUUCCUAUUUGGCAGCGCUGAAAAACUCUCAUGAUAUAAACGGCAACAAAGGUCUAAUACGUAUUCCACGCGAUGACUACAGCAGCGUCCCAUCAGCAUCUUAUGAGUACAGUCUAACACCAUCUGGCUAUGAGACACCUUCAAUUGGUGCUUAUGGAGCACCACCUAAACCAGUAUAUGGAGCACCCAAACCGGUAUACGGUCCGGCAACGCCAGUUUAUUCUCCUCCAACUCCUGCUGGAAAUGGAGUACCAUAUCUUAGUCCUGAGAGUUGGUUGCUUAGUAAACUGAAACUUAAAUUCAGUUGGUUCACGUUGGCUAAAAUUUUACUCAAAUUAGUAAUUUUCAAAAAAAUAGUUAAAUUUAUUGCACUUCUAUGCCUCUUGUUUUUCAUUCCGACCUUGAAACCGAGCGAAAGCGAUAACAAUCAAAACGGUGGAGACGAUUACCGUCGACUUACCUAUGACAAGCAUUACGAUUACGAUACCCAGCUAAAUGAAGUUACGCGAUUUGCAUUAAAAGCGUUAGAAGCAUUUACGAUUGACAACGAGCUUUACUGUCCGGAAGACAAUCUUCUUAGUUGUCGAGCUAAGCGAAUGUUCGACUUUAUCGAUGAAGAAUAUCCAUUGAAGAAGAUUCUGCGAAUGUUUUUCUUCAACGCUGGUAAAUUCGGAAGGAAGCGCAGAAUUGAUUCGAAAUAAAAAAAUCUUGAGUGGAGUAACCAACAUCGUUAAAAAAGUAGCUAGUGACGAAUCAGAAAAUAUCUGAAGUAGACAAGCCUCAGCAAUAUUUGGAGUGGAAGAGAUUAUUCGACAAUAGAUCUCCUGCGCGCUAGUUGGCUAGUUGAGAAAAAAAAACGAAGUGGUAUAUUAAAUUUGUCUGUAAUAAUGAGAGUUGUAUGGUUGGAUGAAUUAAAACAUAUGCUCAAUUACUGUCUUUUUGCUGAGAUGGACAAAUUGUUUAAGUGUUUUAGUGACUGAGUAAGUGCCACAGUAUGAUUUACAUUGUUAGUUGUCUUUGUAAAUACAGUUUAAAUUAUUUUAUUUAUAUAGUUGUAUUGUAGUUCAUACUUAUAUAAUUGAAAAUUGAAUAAAAAAAACGAU